UUUGUCCUUUUUAUUUGUCUAUUUUACCAAUUCAUAUUGACUAAAGGAUGCAUUUGUUAUUAUACAUUAUUUGUACACGUAAUCAUAAUUGUCUUUUGGAGAUUGGAUUUCUUCUUGGGCCUCUGUCUUAAAUAAUUUACAUGGAUGUAGACCGUAAAGUGAAAUUAGUCGAAGACAAUACAUUUAGUUUCAUCGCAGCUGGCUAACAAUUUUUCUGAAGACCAAGUAACUAAAAAAGGAAGCCACAUUCGUAGUGGAUUUUACCAAAUUGAUGACCAGCAUGUCAGUAAGUGACAAGACCUGUGCAUCUACCACACCAAAACCAUCAACUGUAUUCUUUGUAUGGUAUCCUGAACUGUGUAGACGUAAGAAUAUUAAUCCUCUGAUUAACGUUAAGGCACCCAAAGUAAAAAACGGUACAGUUUUGGACUUUGUGGGCGACAGAUUGAAAAUAGACGAAUGGAAGCCGAUUUUAAAUGCCCUCUAUUUGGACCAAAGCCUUCACGUCAUAGUAAUAAGAAGUCGUUUAAGUGGACGUGUAUUUAAUUUCGACAUAGACACCGAAGAUAAGCUCCGAUCACUGAAUAAAAGUGUCGGAUGCUUAUGGACCGACUAUGUCAUGCAAGCCAUCAUAAGCAGCGUAUGUAAUUGUUUACUUAAGUCGGAGGUUUUGACAACGUUAGAGUUGGAUGGCUUACCUUUGUACACCAGCUACUUUUGUCGACUGGUAGAAGCGAUUAGAAGGAACCGAUAUUUGAAGGUGUUAUCUUUAAAACGGGCACCGAUAAAAGACCUCGGAUGUGAAGAAUUGUGCACCAGUUUGCAGUAUCUUCCCCACAUAGAAGUUUUAAUUUUGUGCGACUGUGACCUUACACACCUCAGUGGUCAACAUAUUGGUAAAUUAAUCAAGUAUCAAAAACUGAAUCGAUACUGCGUGACGUGGAACAACUCGCUGCGAUAUGCCGACCCUCCAGUCGAAAAAAUUGCUGGACUUCGAAGAAUUACAUUAAAUAAUAACCCGUUGAUCGGAAACGAAGGUUUAGAAGCAAUUCUUCACGAACUCGGAGAUGAUUUGUGGAUUAAAGCUAUCGACAUGCAGAACUGUGGAAUAACAGAAGAUAUGGCGGACAGACUGAUCGAGACAUUACACUACAACAAAACAUUGGAUAUUGCAGAUUUCAGAAGAAAUGAUUUAAGUUUCAAUACGCUCAACAAAAUUUUCGACAUGUUGCGAGAAAGGUUAGAUCUAGAGGGCGAAUAUCACUGGUGUUUGACCUCUACGACGCUGGAUCAAACCGACGCAGCGAGCACUUGCUGUCCAACAUCAGCGAACAUAUUUCACAAAUCUCAGUCUGCACCUCUUCAUAACUUUAAUCCAGCGUUAAGAAGUACAACGAAUCUUCGUAAGGCAAAAACAUCGUCCGAUUUACAUAAACAAAUGAAGCCGAUUUUGCCAAAGCAUUCCCAGCCUCGAGUUGGAUUUGCGGAUCUCCAUAAACAGGUAACGGUGCUGAGUAACCGUCUUAAAGAAGAAAUUCGGAAGAGAAUUGAAGCAGAGAAUGCAAAUAAAAAUCUGCAAAAGAAACUAGAAAAAUUUCAAAAACUCAACGUGUCUCAAACAAAACAGAAGCCUCAGACCAUGAAAAAGAUCGGGAAGCUAAUGGAAAUGUUGGAGAAUUUAGGGAUAAACGUUGAAAAUGAAGACAACGAAACACUCGCAAAUAUAAAUAAAAUUUUAAAAGAAAAACGUUUGAACAUCAAAACGAUAGUGAUGGACCACAUUAAACAAAGUGAGGGUAACCGUAAUGGCUUUCAACGACGAAUUUCAAAUGAGCAUGCACGUAACAGUGAUACUUCUAAUAAAAUAAAAACCUGCAGCCAACCUCAAGCACCAGUAAUAAGCGAUGGAGUUAUUAGCGGAGCGACAACGGCAACUAGUGAGGCUCCUCAAAGUAUUUUAGAAAAGUUUCUAUACACAACGGAUUCGGACAGAGAAGACUCGGAAAAAGAAGAUGGCAGUGAUAUUCUAGAGUCGUAUUACAACCUAAAUGAGAAUUUCAACAAUCGUGUUAAACAGAAGAAAAAGCUCCGGUCGGCGAGAGAUAGAACCGGUAGCACAACUUCCAUUCGGAAACUUUUGAAAGGACUCGAAGACGACACUAAGAUUCCAAUUUCACCUGCACCAAGUUUAUCAUCCGAUGAUGACCGUUCUUCCAUUAAAACGGUAGUUGACAGAAAAACCAAAGUAGAAAAAUUAUACCAGAAAGUGCCACUGAAAGUGAAGUAAACAGAAAAUUAUGUACUUACUGGUGGCUUAUAAGACAUUUCUAGUUUUUAAGGUUGUAGGUGAAAUGAAACAAUUAAUUCCGAACAUACAAUUUGUUCUGCUUCCUUUUUGAAACAAAGUCUUCAGAUAUAGUGUGUAAUGAAACCUUAGAGGUAGAGGCUCUUAUAGAAAUGAUUUUAUUUUUUAUAAAGAACGCUUUUUUCAACUGAAAUUCUUCAUAACUACAUGCCGAUGAUCGUAAAAUUAUUACUCCUUUAUACUCUAUUUUAAUAAUAAACAAAAAUAU